CAUUUCCCCCGCUCCGGGUGCCGGUYGCUGACGCGGCGGCGGGAACAUGGAGGCAGCGGUGGCGCUGGGCGGGCCGGGGCUGCCGGCCGCCCUCCUCGUCCUCAUCCUCCUCGUCCUGCUGCUGGCGACCGCGCUGCGCCGCGCCGCUCCGAAGGAGAUGCCCGCCGCCCCSCAGCACGGGCCCAGGGCGAACGGGCACGCCAAGCCGGAGGAGCCGCGGAAGGCGAAGCCGGCGGCGAAGGCUCGCAGGGAGAAGCAGGAGCAGCAGAGCUUCGCACACCGGCUGCUGGUCGCUGCCCUCAAGGGCCACAGCAGCYCCGUCACCUGCCUGGACUUCAGCAGCAACGGCAAGUACCUGGCGUCGUGCUCUGAGGACCGCACGGUSCGGCUGUGGAGCACCCGGGACCUGCCGGGGCGGGAGCACCGCUGCYUGCGCGCCAACGUGGGGCUGGACCACGCCGAGCUCGUCCGCCUCAGCCCUGACUCACGGGCUUUCAUUGUCUGGCUGGCCAGUGCUGAGACUAUUCGUGUCUACAGGAUGACCAAGAAAGAUGAUGGUAGCUUUACCUUCACUGCAGCCUCUGAGGACUUCCCAAAAAAGCAUAAAGCUCCUGUCAUUAACAUAGGGAUUGCAGAGACAGGGAAGUUUAUCAUGACAGCUUCCAGUGACACUACCAUCCUGCUAUGGAGCCCAAAGGGAGAAGUUCUGGCCAGCAUUAACACCAACCAGAUGAACAAUGCCUAUGCCACAGUGUCACCCUGUGGGAGGUUUGUGGCAUCCUGUGGCUUUACYCCCGAUGUGAAGGUGUGGGAGGUGUGUUUUGGCAAGAACGGAAACUUCAAGGAGGUGACCAGGGCUUUUGAGUUGAAAGGCCACACUGCUGGUGUACAAUCCUUUUCCUUCUCCAAUGACUCAAGGAGGAUGGCAACCGUGUCAAAAGACGGCACAUGGAAGUUCUGGGACACAGAUGUGGAGUACAAGAAGCAGCAGGACCCAUACCUGCUUCUGACAGGACAGUGUGCCGUGGUGGAGCCGUGCCGCAUUGCCCUGUCCCCUGAUGGCCGCGCGGUUGCCGUGGCAGGUGGCACAGACAUUGUGAUGUACAACACACGGCGUGGCGAUGAGGAGGAACGUUUUCUCGGCGUGCACAGCCAGCCUGUGGCUGACCUUGCCUUUGACACCACUGGCCGCUACCUCGUGUCCUGUGGGGACCGUGCCAUCCGUGUUUUCCACAACACUGUCGGACACCGUGCAGUGGUGGAGGAGAUGGAGGCCAUGCUGAAAAAAACUCUGAACAAGGCCACACGGGAGAGGCUGGAGCAGCAGAUCGACAGUGCUCGCAAAGCGCUGGCUGCCAUYUAUGGCAAGAAGCACUAAGCUACCCACAGAGCAUGAGGCAGCUGCACUCUGCCUUGGAUAUUUUUUUWAAAAACUCUGAACAGCAGUAAUAAAAGAGUGCCCGGGUC